GCUGUCAAACGACAGCCAUGACAUGACACUCCAAUUUACUUGUCAAGCAAAUAAAUUUCAGUGUUUUGAUAAUUUGGUAGGUCGACACUAAACUUGAAAAUAAUUACAAUUUUUGUGGCAGAAAUUCCAGUAAAAUACAAUAAAAGAACAAAACACAGCUACAUCUACCCCUUUGUACAAAAAGUAUAAAUAAUUACCGACAUGGAAGAUCAACGUAGCGACAGAGUUUAUGGUGGAUGCGAAGGUCCAGAUGCAAUGUAUGUGAAACUCAUAUCGUCCGAUGGCCAUGAAUUUAUUGUAAAACGAGAACAUGCACUUACUUCAGGAACAAUAAAGGCAAUGUUAUCUGGGCCAGGACAAUUUGCUGAAAACGAAGCAAAUGAAGUUCAUUUUCGAGAGAUACCUUCCCAUGUGCUACAAAAAGUUUGCAUGUAUUUUACUUAUAAAGUAAGAUACACAAAUAGCUCGACUGAGAUUCCAGAGUUCCCGAUAGCACCAGAAAUUGCUUUGGAAUUAUUAAUGGCUGCUAAUUUCUUAGACUGCUGAAUUCAGAACGAAAAAAUGAAUUAGAACGGAAAACGAUGUAUGAGAACGGUGAUCAUGUUAAAUCACAAUUAUAAAAAUGAAAUAAAUAUUUUGUUCUUUA